AGGAUUUUUUUUUUCCUCCUGAGCGAAUCAGGUUGUGACGGGCGCAACCGCACUGGAGUGGAAGUCACGUCGUGCUGGACUGGCGCGAGAUCCUCGCACGGUUCACAACUCAAAGGAGAGCUGACUCUCGCCUUUUACAUCCCGCUCUUUACACGAUGGGAGAUGCUGAUCUUAAAAGUUGACGUGGGAUUUCUCAUUGUGGGCUGUUUGCGAGGCAUGGCUUUCGUUUUAACUUGCUUAUUUCUGUCAUGUUAUAGUGUCAGCACUGCUUGGGGAAAUCAACACGGUGAAACCAGUAUUUACUUGGAUAACAUUACGCGUAUAUUGGACAGAUUAUUGGAUGGCUAUGACAACAGACUGCGACCUGGAUUUGGAGGUCCAGUUACCGAGGUCAAGACCGACAUCUUUGUCACCAGUUUCGGACCAGUUUCAGAUGUGGAGAUGGAAUACACCAUGGACGUAUUCUUUCGUCAGACCUGGAUUGACGAACGCUUAAAAUUCGAAGGUCCCAUCGAGAUACUGCGGCUCAACAACCUGAUGGUCAGCAAGAUCUGGACGCCGGACACCUUUUUCCGAAACGGCAAGAGGUCCAUCUCUCACAACAUGACCACUCCCAACAAGCUGUUCCGCAUCAUGCAGAACGGAACAAUCCUCUACACCAUGAGAUUAACUAUAAAUGCUGAGUGCCCCAUGCGUCUGAUGAACUUCCCGAUGGACGGCCAUGCCUGCCCGCUCAAAUUUGGGAGUUAUGCGUACCCAAUGAGUGAGAUUGUGUACACAUGGAAGAAAGGUCCACUUUCUUCUGUGGAGGUUCCACAGGAAUCGUCCAGUUUGCUGCAGUACGACCUCAUUGGUCAAACAGUGUCCAGUGAGAGACUCAAGUCCAACACGGGUGAAUAUGUCAUCAUGACCGUCCAUUUCCACCUCCAAAGGAAAAUGGGUUUCUUCCUGAUCCAGACCUACAUUCCUUGCAUUAUGACUGUCAUCCUGGCUCAAGUCUCUUUCUGGAUCAAUAAGGAAUCUGUUCCGGCUCGAACUGUUUUUGGUAUAACCACCGUCUUGACGAUGACAACCCUGAGCAUCAGCGCUCGCCACUCCCUUCCUAAAGUUUCCUACGCCACAGCAAUGGAUUGGUUCAUCGCUGUUUGCUUCGCCUUCGUCUUCUCCGCCCUGAUCGAGUUUGCGGCCGUCAACUACUUCUCCACCCUCCAAGCCAACAAGGAGCUGCGAAAGGCAGCUGCCAUGAAGGCAGCAGCACAGGAGGCAGCAGCUGCAACUGCAGGUGCAACUCCAGCUGCGGCAGCAGGGAACGAUGGAGAGGUUUCCGGCGAUGCACCUAGUGUGCUGAAGAAGAGGAUGAACUCGGCACCACUCUUUGACCGGCCUGCCAAAACAUUUCCCAACCCACCUGUUAAUGCCCACGCCUUCUUACAGCAGGGUUCGGCCGUACCAGCCAACAACGUUCUGACCGGAACCAGUAUCAUCGACAAAUACUCCCGUAUCCUCUUUCCUCUGUCGUUUGGCGCCUUCAACCUGGUCUACUGGAUUGUCUAUCUGACCAAGGACACCAUGGAGAUGACCAGGGAAACCAUCUAAAGGAAGAGUCUAUUGUACUGAAGAAGAAUCCACUCAUUUACACACAGUAAAUUCAACAGAAACCUGAUGCUUGACAAGGACUGGUUCAUGACGUCUCAAUGCAUGUAUUACCUUUGAAAGUAAGUACAUUUUUCAGCCCAGUUCCUGUAGCUAACAUGAAGAGAAUUAGAUUU